AUGAAAAACGGUGGCAUAUGUGGAAUGCCUACUGACACUGUCUAUGUGCUGGUGGCAGCUUGCAACAGGCCUGAUGCAGUUGUCAAAGCUUACAAUGUGAAGAAGCAGGCGCAGGACCGACCCAUGUCCCUGUGGAUCUCCUCCAUCAAGCAGCUGGAGCUGGUGCGACACCUGCUGAGCCCUCUGCUGCUGGACUUCAUGGAAGCUGCAUGGCCAUCCUCAAUUAGCAUGGUUAUACCCAGAGGUCCAUGGAUGGACACCUUUGGUUUGGGAGAUGCUGCCAAACACAUAGGGACUCCACAAAGCAUCGCUAUCAGAAACCCAGACUGUUCUGUGGCCACACACCUCAUGAAUCUAGUGGGGCCCAUUGCAGUAACCUCAGCCAACCCCACAGGCGAGGCAGACACAACUCACCACAACCAAGUCUAUGCAAAGUUGGGAGACAAG